AUGGAUACUGCAGCACUUAAAACCGCAACCUUGGACGAAUGUGUUGAUCGCUUCAAUCUGUUCCGUGAUGAGGUUUUUGAAAAGGAAGAGGCGUGGUACUCCAUGAGGGCUGAAGAAAACCAUUUGCUGUUUGGGUGUUUUGAUGACCGAAGGCCCAGAAUGUGCAAAGAAACUGAGGAAAAAAGGUACUUCAAGUGUUUCUAUGACUCGUUUAAGCAUCGAGAAGACCGUUUCUAUAAAAGCCUACUUGUCAAGGUUAUUGAGAAAGAAUCAGCAGAACGUGUCAUUUUGAAUGAACAUGAACACGAGGAGUUCUAUGCCAUUUGUCGGCAUGCGGGUGACAUAUUAGGUGUCCCAGAAUGGAGCCGUUUUCACUGUACUUCGUUACCGGUGCCUGAAGCUGAGGAUCGAGGGCGGAGAAUAAUUAAAGGUGAAUAUUUUGCGAUGUUUCUUGAAGCUGUUUCUAUUCUAGAGGUUCUUCAUCGCCGAACCAUUAUGUUUUCGGAAGAGCCUGUGGCGCGUAAUAUCAUCGCAGGUGCUGAAGUACAUGAUUGGAUUGAAAGCCGGAGGCAGCAAGUGGAGCGUGAACGCCUAGAGGAGUUGGCAGCGGAUGCGAAGGAGCGCCAGCGUCGUCUUGCGUACCACAACUGGAAAAGGCAACAAGCAUAUCAAGUGUUUCUGUUUGAACAGAGUGAACAAGAAGAACGAAUGGAUACGGAAAGGCUUCAGCGUCUUCAUGCUGGUAUUCUUGCCCAAGCUUUUCAUGCGGAGCACAAGGAGGCACGCUACCAACAACUUCGGUAUGAAAUGAGGCAGCGCCAGGUGCCUGUUGAGUGUAGUCGGGAUUUGAUGGCAAAAGAAGCAACUGAAAGAUCAGCCGUUAUGCUUUUGCAGAGAGAUUACUUCCGUACAUUACAGGCAGAAGAGGUGAAGAGUUUUCUUUGGACUAGACGUAAUAUGAUGAUGAAUCAUGUCAUGGACCGCGAACGUGGUGGUGGGGAAUAUGUUUACACUUUUAUGUAA